AUGUCUUCCAGUACACCCACGCCGCCAGACACCAACGGUGCCAACUCCCACAAACGGCCUCGUAGUCCAGGCGCUGAGUCCAACGGCAAGGAAGCAGCAACCGAUAACACCAACGUCCCUAAACCAAAGCGCUUAGCAUGUAUGAUCUGUCGGAAGCGCAAGUUAAAAUGCGAUGGUGUCAGGCCGAGUUGCAGCACCUGUGCUCGAUUGGGUCAUUCUUGCGCCUAUGAUGAAGUUCGCAGGAAGAGCGGUCCUAAGCGGGGAUACGUUAAAGCUCUAGAAGAGCGACUAAAACAAGUCGAAACCCUACUCAAGACCCAAGACCCCCCGGCGGCUCCUGCCGACUCUUCCAGGACGAUACCCCUCGGCCUAGACGCCGCCUCGGCUCGCAACCAGCAUUCGGCUUCGGUGCCUAAUUUCAGUGUCACCAGUUCAAACUUGGCGGUCCCUGCUGACCGCGAUGCCGAACGAUGGAGGUUCAAUGGCGAAUCGCCGCAGACGCAAAAUGCAGCUCCUCCCAUGGACGAUUUCAACUUCAACUCCAAUAUGUCGAUGGGCUUGAACAAUGUUGGCAGUAACUUCACCUGGGAAAUGAUUGGAUUGGGCCUUGAGGAGCCUCUUCCGCCGCAAGAAACAAUCGAUGAGCUCCAUCAGAUUUAUUUCGAAAAGUGUCACCCUUCAGUGCCCAUGAUCCACAAGUACAGAUAUCUGGCCGCUAUGAACUUGGCUCCCAAUCAAAGGCCGCCGGUUGCGCUGAGAUAUGCUAUUUGGACAAUGGCGUGCUCCAUCACGGAGAAGUAUAUCCACUUCAAGGAUCUUUUCUACCAAAGAGCGCGGAAGUAUGUCGAAGCAGACUAUAUUAAAGGUUACGGUGAGCACAUGAUCUCUGUGGCUCAUGCUCAGACUCAUGUUCUUUUGGCCUCCUACGAGUUCAAAAUGAUGUAUUUUCCCCGAGCGUGGAUGAGCACUGGUUCAGCUGUGCGUCUAUGCCAAAUGAUCGGUUUACACCGGCUUGAUGGCGCUGGCUUAGAUGUUAAACAAUGUCUCCCCCCAGCGCGAGACUGGACUGAGCGCGAGGAAAGACGGCGCACAUUCUGGAUGGCUUUUUGUGAGGAUCGUUAUGCCAGCAUUGGCACCGGAUGGCCCAUGACGGUUGACGAAAGAGACAUCAUGACGAACUUGCCAUCUUCGGAGGAAGCUUUUGACAUGAGCCGGCCAGAGCAAACACAGUCUUUGCAAGACUGCAUGAGCCCUUCCGGAGCUGGCAAGCUGUCCUCUUUCGGCGGUAUCGUGCUCAUGGCAUGCCUCUUUGGCCGAAAUUUAAUCCACUUACACCGGCCCGAUGUUGAUGAUCGAGACCAUGACCUCAAUGGCGAAUUCUGGAAACGACACCGGAACAUGGACAACAUCCUGCUCAACACAUCCCUCUGCUUGCCUUCUCAUCUCAAGCUACCUGCCGGUCUAGGAAAUCCUAACAUUGUCUUCACCAACAUGAGUAUCCAUACAUCAACAAUCUGUCUUCACCAAGCUGCCAUCUUCAAAGCCGACAAGAACAGGCUUCCGACGUCAGUCAGUUCUGAAAGCAAGGUUCGAUGCAUCACUGCAGCAAAUGAGAUUGCGAGUAUUAUGAGGACAAUCUCACACAUGGACCUGUCUGCGAUGAAUCCGUUUAUUUCAUUCUGUCUUUACGUUGCUGCAAGAGUCUUUGUUCAGUAUCUCAAGAGCCGACCCGAAGAUAGCCAAACGGCGGAUUCACUAAGAUUUCUCCUCUCUGCAAUGAACGCAUUGAAGAGGAGAAACCCCCUGACGGAAUCUUUUCUUGUACAGCUUGAUGUAGACUUGGAAGCUCUCGCUAUGCGGAUACCAAAACUCAAAUCAGCAUUUCCGCGCAGUGGUGAUAGCCCAACUUCAAACAAUGGGGGCUCCCGAGGGCCAGUGUGCGACGAUCCUGAUGGCGUGCAAGGAAUCAUGUCAUACCGCAACGAAUGCCAUUUUAUGAAGACCGGAGGGGACGACGGAAAUGCUGCCACGGCUCCAAACAUCGUUGAACCCGAUCAAGAUGAAGAGACUGGCCCAAACUCUGCAUCGACGGGUUUUGGAGGCCAGGGUUGGCUUUCCGCAGAACCGCCAAUGCCGUAUGAUGCCAAUCGCUCUGGAAUUCCGCUGCAUGGGACGGUGCUGACACCAAGCUCCAGUUCUCUGUAUGACAAACCUGGAUCAAGCAGUGGGCAUAUGAAUGGGUUUGGGCAAAGUGAAAGCAGUGGUGACAACAACAUGUCCGGGUCACCCGAUGCGGAUCAAUCGAAUCGACCGACGCCUAAUUCUAGUUCAGCGUCAGAGCAACGAUUGAACAUGGCGUCGGGCGGCAUGAAUGGCUCUGGGAGGAACUCGUUUGACGCUAGUCCUGUAAUUGGACACCAGAAUAUCAACGCACAAGGGAACACCGAUGGAAAUGUGAAUUAUUUCAACGAUGCAAGCGCAUUCGGAAUUAGGGGUACAGGGCUCACACCGAAUCAGAGGUUCUCCAUGCCAGAGACACCUGGGGCAGAAUUCGGUAUACCUAACGGAUGGGGAGAUUUACAGGGACAAACCGGGAUGACACCUGUGGCUGAAGGGGUGCUACGAUCGCUGAUGAACAUGGGUCCCAUGGAUGCUAUGGACCUUUCUGCUUGGGACGCAUCAAACUAA